AUGGAGUCCAUAGCUCCUACAUGCAGGUCAAGCAGGUCGUUUUCAUCUGAGAAAUGGGUGGCGAUUGUCUUGACCAUUUUAGCUGUGGUUUCACCUCUUUACAUCAACCAGAAGCCAGUUAGUGAACCGGAGCGUGAAGAGCAAUCCAUGGACUUGUCUUCUUCGUAUGAGAGACUGGUGGCAAUAGGCUUGAUUGACUUAGGUGUGGUUUCACCUCUUUAUAUCAACAGAGGAACGGUGAGUGAGCGAGAACCUGAUGAGCAGCCCAUCAACUCUGCUUCUUGGUUGCCUCUGCUAAGCUAUACAAAGUUUGAUCCCAACUGGAUUUAUAGAGUUGGUGGUUCUGCUGGAAUCUUACUUGUUCUUCUGGUUCUGGCAUUUGUUUUGAAGUGUAAGGCUUCUGAUCUGAACUGA